UGGGCACUCUGCUGAUUGCUUUUACACUUUGAAAAUAAUACAAAUCCAUAUUUACAAUAUAUAACCACAAGGCUCUGCCAUUUCUCAAUUUCUUCUUCUUCUUCAAGUUUAAAAAGCUUCAAUUUAGCAGAUCUUAGACUCAUCAAGUGUUCAUGAAAAAUGGCGGGUCGGUUCGGCUUUGCUUCCUCCACUUCGACAUCCAUGAUCGUCACCAACACGCCUUUGCAGGACCUCACCCUCACUAAACUUGCCUUCUGCUCCCCUUCUGAUCUUCAGAAGUUCGCUGUCUCUGGUUAUAGAAACGUCUUCCUGGCUUUGAUUCAUCCCACCAGACAACUUCAACCUUGCGGUGUUAACACUUGAGCUGGACUUCAUUAAAAAGGGCAGCAGAAGUGAACAAAUUGAUGCUGUUCUCCUGUCCAAGCAACUUAAAAAGAGAUUUAUAAACCAGGUGGCAUCUUUUAGCAGGUUAUGACAGCUGGGCAGAAAGUAUUAUUUGAGUACCAUGGAAAUAAUUAUAACUUUACGGUCAGUCAAGCUGUUGUUGAGGACCAAGAGAAGCAGACUUCUCUUGAACGAGGGAUGAUUUCCGAUGACACAUACAUUAUUUUUGAAGCAUCACGUGACAGUGGAAUUAAGAUUGUCAAUCAGCGUGAGGCUGCCACUAGCAACAUUUUUAAGCAGAAGGAGUUUGAUCUUCAGUCUCUGGGUAUUGGAGGUCUGAGUGCUGAGUUUGCAGAUAUAUUUCGAAGAGCUUUUGCUUCUCGUGUUUUCCCUCCUUAUGUGACAUCCAAGCUAGGGAUCAAGCAUGUGAAGGGAAUGCUGCUUUCUGGGCCUCCUGGUACCGGAAAAACUCUAAUGGCACGUCAACUAGGAAAAAUUUUGAAUGGCAAGGAGCCAAAGAUUGUCAAUGGCCCUAAGGUCUUGAGCAAAUUUGUUGGUGAAACUGAAAAGAAUGUGAGGGACCUCUUUGCUGAUGCUGAACAAGAUCAGAGGACCAAGGGUAAUGAAAGUGAUUUGCAUGUCAUCAUUUUUGAUGAAAUUGAUGCUAUUUGUAAGUCAAGUGGUUCAACUAGGGAUGGUACCGGAGUUCAUGAUAGUAUCGUGAAUCAACUUCUUACUAAGAUAGAUGGUGUGGAAUCACUGAAUAAUGUUUUGCUUAUUGGAAUGACCAACAGAAAAGACAUGCUUGAUAAAGCUCUUUUAAGACCGGGUCGACUAGAAGUACAGAUUGAGAUAAGCCUUCCUGAUGAAAAUGGCCGAUUGCAAAUUCUUCAAACUCAUACUAACAAGAUGAAAGAGAACUCUUUCCUCACUUCUGAUGUGAAUCUUCAAGAGCUUGCUGCCCGAACAAAAAAUUACAGCGGUGCAGAACUUGAAGGUGUGGUGAAAAGUGCAGUCUCAUUUGCUUUAAAUAGACAACUAAGUCUAGAUGAUCUCACCAAGCAAGUUGAGGAAGAAAAUAUCAAGGUAACGAUGGAGGACUUUUUGAAUGCACUCCAAGAAGUUGUUCCCGCAUUUGGAGCUUCCACUGAUAACCUUCAAAGAUGCAGAGUCCAUGGCAUUGUAGACUGUGGUGAUCGGCAUAAGCACAUUUAUCAAAGGGCUAUGUUAGUAGCAGAGCAAGUGAAAGUGAGUAGAGGAAGCCCACUUAUCACCUGUCUUCUUGAGGGUACUAGUGGCAGUGGCAAAACAGCACUUGCAGCUACUGUUGGUGUUGACAGUGAUUUCCCAUAUGUGAAAAUAGUUUCUGCUGAAUCAAUGAUUGGAUUACAUGAGAGCACUAAAUGUGCACAGAUUAUCAAGGUGUUCGAAGAUGCAUACAAGUCACCAUUGAGUGUCAUUGUUCUUGAUGACAUUGAGAGGUUAUUGCAGUAUGUGCCCAUUGGUCCGCAGUUUUCAAAUUUAAUUUCACAGACAUUAUUGGUCUUUCUUAAACGGCUUCCUCCAAAGGGUAAAACACUGCUGGUUAUUGGUACGACAAGUGAGUUGGUUUUCUUGGACUCAAUUGGAUUUUGUGACACUUUCUCUGUUACUUACCAUGUUCCUACGUUGAGCACAAAUGAUGCAAAGAAGGUGCUACGGCAGCUGAAUGUUUUUGCCGAUGAAGAUAUGGAUGCCGCAGCAGAGGCCUUGAAUGAUAUGCCUAUCAAGAAGCUAUACAUGUUGAUUGAGAUGGCUGCCCAAGGAGAGCAUGGUGGAUCUGCAGAAGCCAUAUAUUCUGGCAAAGAGAAGAUUCAGAUCUCUCACUUCUAUGACUGCCUCCAGGAUGUUGUUCGUAUAUAAUUUUCCUGAUGUGCCUUUACAGAGCAGAAUGGAUCUUUAGAAGCAACAGGGAAGAAGAAAAAUUAACAUCUCGGACGUAUGAUUGCCUUCAGACCAACACAUUCUUAUCGGGCUCACAAUUUGGAAGUUUAGUGAUAUCUUCAUGGUGUCGUAAUCUUCUCCUUUUUUAUUUUCUUUUGUAUAGUUAUGCAUUAUUAUGUUUAAAUUUAAUGUUUAAUCUUUUCAAAUGUGUGCUAUCCGUGUGCUGCCAAUAUGGUAGUCACUUCCACCAACUGAUUUCAAUAUUGGUAGUGAUGCUUACAUAGAGGAAUGUGAUCAAACUCUCCAGACAAGGAAUUUCACUAUAGCAUGCGGAUAAGUAACAGGAAGAUUCGCUUGGAACCAUAAGCGUUUGUGUCCCAAGGAACCAUUUGAAGGGGGGAAAAAA